CAAGCACGCACUUCAGUUAAAUUAGCCAAUCAAGUUAAAUGUGUGCAGCGCGUAGUCCAAUUGUAAGUGCAUUAUUUAAACAAAAUGUGGUCACGUGGAGUGCCAGCGCCUCCAGGCGGCUAAAGAGGAGCUCCCAAUCACGCUACUUGAGCACCAGCAGCCGAACCGACAUCGAAUCUGGGCCAGCAGCCGUUACGCACCACGCUCUUAUCAAUCCAAAAACAGUGAGUGAUUUCCAAGAGCUCUACGAAGCAACAAAAAAGAAAUUUCAAUCCAAAAAGCUGCCAGUUGAUGUGCAUCCAGAUGCCGUAUUUGCGUGCAAUGAACUCGACCUCAGCGAGGUGCAGGUCUAUGGCUUCGACUAUGAUUAUACGCUGGCCUGCUACAAGCCCAUAUUGGAGGAUUUACUCUACAAUUUGGCGCGUGAAAUGCUCGUUAAGCGCUUUCGAUAUCCCGAAGAAAUUCUCGAUCUCGAAUAUGAGCCAAAUUUUGCAGUGCGCGGAUUGCAUUAUGAUGUGGAGAAGGGUCUGCUGGUGAAGCUCGACUCGUUUCUCCAGCUGCAGCUGGGAUCCGUUUAUCGUGGACGCACCAAAGUGGGGGCAGAGGAGGUGCUCAACCUGUACCACAAUCGUCUGCUGCCCAUUGCGUAUGUGGAGGGUCCAAAUAGUGGUCACAGGCACAAUACAAACUCGAAAAUGGUGCAGCUGGCCGAUCUGUUCUCGGUGCCCGAAAUGUGCUUGCUGUGCAAUGUUAUCGAAUAUUUUGAACGCAAUCGAAUCGAUUAUAAUCCAGAGAUUGUGUUCCACGACUCUCGCACCGCGAUGGGCUCGUGUCAUCCCAUAAUGCAUGCCACCGUUAUGAAGAAUACGGAAAAGUACAUUCAACGCAAUUCCAAACUGGUGGAAUAUUUUAAGAAGCUGAAGCAGGCGGGCAAGAAUCUCUUUCUGGUGACCAACAGUCCUUUCUCAUUUGUCAAUUGCGGCAUGACUUAUCUUGUGGGCGAAAACUGGCGAGAUUUCUUCGAUGUGGUCAUUGUGCAGGCUCGCAAACCCAAAUUCUUUACCGAUGAAUCUCGCCCAAUAAGGCUGUAUGACGAGAAAACCAAAUCGCAUCUGUGGGAUCGUGUUUUCAAGUUGGAAAAGGGAAAAAUCUAUUAUGAGGGCUCAGUGCGACAACUGCAGGAGCUGAAAGGCUGGCGUGGACACUCGGUGCUCUAUUUUGGCGACCAUCCCUACAGCGACCUGGCGGAUGUGACCCUAAAGCACAGCUGGAGAACAGGCGCCAUAAUCAGCGAGCUAGCUCAUGAAAUCAAGACAUUAAAUCGUGAGGAUUUUAAGAUGAGCGCCAAUUGGCUGCAAAUGCUGACACAGCUGAUCGAGGACACCCAGGACGACGAUAGCGAGGCGGCUCAGGUGAGCCUGCGUGCCUGGAUGGAUGAGCGUGAUCACUUGCGCAACAAAACAAAGAACGUGUUCAACGAACAGUUUGGCAGCGUUUUUCGCACGUAUCACAAUCCCACGUAUUUCUCGAGAAGAUUAUUCCGCUUCGCUGACAUCUACACCAGUGACAUAACGAAUUUACUCAAGUUCUCCACAUCGCACACGUUCUACCCACGACGCGGUGUCAUGCCACACGAAUAUGCCUCACAUUUCAUUUAAGCCAAAGAGCUAUCUCGUUCACUCUCUCUAUCUUCAACCCGCAGCUAGUAGACAAAUGUAUGUAGUUUUAGUUCAAAAAGUGCCAGUGUUUCUUGUUGUUUAGCUUGAACCUUAGAGAAUUUAUACAUAUAAAUAUAUAUAGUAUGACUGUUAGUCGAAUUUGCAUAGCUGCUCAAUAAAAUCGUUGUAAUAGUUGACAAAAA